ACAUGUUCACCGCAACAUGGCUGCUACCAUCGAGUGCGGCGCUGAUACAAACACUUCAGAAAACAGCAUGUCCGUGAAAAAGGCGCUGUCCGCAGUUUCUCCCCUCACUUUGCGAAUCGUUGCUGAAUGCCCGGUGACGAAAGCAAGAGCGUGUGAUCUAAUGCUGCCACACAGUGCUGUCAGCACCCCGGUUUUCAUGCCUGUCGGCACUCAGGGGACCAUGAAGGGGAUCACUGUGGAUCAGCUGGAUGGUCUUGGCUGUCAGAUUUGUCUUGGAAACACAUACCACCUGGGCAUGAGACCGGGGCCUGAUUUAAUUGAGAAAGCCAAUGGUUUACAUGGAUUCAUGAACUGGAAGAGGAAUCUUUUAACUGACAGCGGGGGGUUUCAGAUGGUGUCUCUCGUUGAGCUCUCGGAGGUCACUGAGGAAGGGGUGAAGUUCAAGUCCCCCUACGAUGGCAAAGAGAUCCUCCUGAGUCCUGAGAAAUCCAUCAGCAUACAGAACAGUCUGGGGUCAGACAUCAUGAUGCAGCUGGAUGAUGUGGUAAGCAGCACUGUGACAGGACCACGGGUGGAGGAGGCAAUGCACAGAUCCAUUCGCUGGCUGGAUCGAUGUAUAGCAGCCAAUAAAAAUCCAGACAAACAAAACCUUUUUGCCAUCAUCCAGGGAGGACUGAAUGCAGAGCUGCGCAAGGCCUGUCUCGAUGAAAUGACUCAACGUGAUGUUCCUGGUUUUGCCAUCGGAGGACUGAGCGGAGGAGAGGAGAAAGAUGACUUCUGGCGGAUGGUCACUCUGAGCACUGACCACUUGCCACGAGAAAAGCCGCGAUACCUCAUGGGUGUGGGGUAUGCUGUGGAUUUGGUGGUGUGUGUAGCUCUGGGAUGUGAUAUGUUCGACUGUGUGUUUCCCACCCGCACUGCAAGGUUUGGCUCUGCCUUGGUGCCUUGGGGAUCUCUCCAAGUGAAACAAAAGCAGUAUGCCAAGGACUUCCAGCCCAUAGACCCAGACUGUCAGUGUCCCACCUGCAAGAGACAUAGUCGGGCUUACCUCCAUGCUCUGUUCAAGAGCGACACUGCAGCCAUGCAUCACAUCACCAUCCACAAUAUUGCCUACCAGCUCACCCUGAUGCGCUCUGUGAGGCAGAGCAUUGUGGAGGGCCGCUUCCCCGAGUUUAUACGGACGUUCAUGAAGCGAAUGUUUCCCUCUCGCGACCAGUACCCCAGCUGGGCUGUGGACGCUCUAGCCUCUGUCAACGUUACAUUGGAUUAGAGCUUGGGAGGCAGCCGUCUCGCUCCAAAUGGGGAUGUCAAACAGUGACUGAAAGCUUUUAUAUCUUUUUAAAUGACUUUUUUUUAUGGAUGAUUGUUUUCCACUCUUUGUUUAUAUUUGUAUAUGCAUUGCCAGUUUUGUUGGCAAUGAAGAAAAUGGCUUUUGAUCUGAAGGGAUACAGCCAGAUUGUCUUUUGCUUUACUCAGCCUCUGCAAAUUGUCCUCAGAGUACACAUUAUCAUAAUGUGAGACUGAAUGGGGUUUAAAUGAGGUUUGAAACACAUGAACUAUCUCCUCUGAUAUGCGCCGACACUUUUUGUUGUUACCAUGGCUACAGAGCCAGGCGCACCCACUUGAAAUGUUUCUGCCUUCCUGUCAACCCCCGAGCACAUUACAGAGGUAUUUCAUUUUUUGCCAAAAGCACACGAUUAAUAAAUGUAUGUGUAUUCUGGUGUUUUAACCUACAUCCUAACAGACUGCUAACUGUUUGAACAGAUGAAUGAAUUCAGUGCAGAUUGUGUGUGUGCGUGUGUCGUGAUGACCACCAGAGGGCAAAAUAGACAAUACCAGAACAGAGUGACUGUAAAAGUGAAUGAUAUGCUGUGUAAGUUUCCUGGUAGAGUAAGAAGCAGAUCAGCUGUUUCUAAGUAAAAAUGAAAGUUAAAAAUAGCAUCUGACUUACAUCACGUUUUGGAGCUCAAAUGUAGGAGGGAACAAAAAACACUGAUGUCCAAAUUACCCACAAACUAAAAGUCAGCAUCCAUUUUAAUAGUAUCGAAUUAUUUUCUGUUGUUACUCUAUUGUCAUCCGUUUAAUGAGCAGUAAUCCUUUUUGACCCUCUGCGGGAAGGGUUUUGUUUGGUGCUGCGUCGUCGAGGCUGUUUGUGAGUGAUUAAUAUUAAUCACUGGAACUUCAUUUGAAUAACACCUGUUGUCUGUGGCUUUGAGUCAACAGCCCUCUUAAGCACCACAUUUGGAUUUCAUUAAGGCCUCUGUUAUGUCCACGGGCUCUACAAGAUUAAACCUGUGUCAUGUAAUGAGUGGCAGGCAAACGGAUGUGGAACACAACGGCGUGGCACUUCAAAAGACAUGAUGGGUUCGGUGCAUAAUAAAUAAGUUGUUUACAAGUGCGUGCAUUAAGUGUUUGUUAAUUUGUUACAAGAAGGGCUAACUGAAAUAUUCAUAGGAGGAAUGUUUUAUGAUAAUGUAGAUUUGGGAGGCAUGUCCACCUCAAUAGAAGCAUAAAAGUAGCACAUGACCUUUAUUUUUGGGGAAAUUAAGCACAUUUACACCAUAAAUUGAUGCAGCAAAGGCACAAAUUGGUGCAUAACAUGUCAACUUGCAGGACAUUAAGUGUUAAAUGCUCAAUUUUGUUCUGGCAGAGGACUCUCAACCACCAAAAUCUACACCCCUGGAUAAUAGU